UUUGUUUGUAGUGCAGUGAACUAUUGUGUUGCGAGUGGAAUAUGGGACGAGACAAUUGGUACCUGCGUUGCUCGCAACGAUGGAGGCAGACAACUACUCAGAAUCAGGAAAUUCUUAUCAAUGUAGGUCAUGCAGCCGCAGCAGUUAAGCACUAGUAGCAAGUUUGCUCUAAUUUGCUGUUCACAGAUGUAACUACAGCACUAAUUGUGAUUAGAUGCGCACCUCACACUGCGGCAACAUGCAGGUUCUAAACAACUCAAACUCAAACAUCACCAGCACUUCAGUUGAGAACCAAGUUAGCACUGCAUUGCUAAGCCUCUGCUUUCUGAUAGGUAUUCCUGGGAAUAUUGUAGUUGUGGUGGUCAUCCUUCGGCACUUUAAGAAGGACAACUUUACCUUGGAUCUGAUGCUGAAUUUGGCUGUGUCUGACAUCUUAUGUUUGAGCACUUUACCUGCAUGGAUCUACGACGUGAACGUUGAUCAAAGCAUCAGCCCAGCUCUCUGCAAGUUUCUGAUAUCCCUCAUCUUCACCAGUAUGUACUCUGAUGUGUUGACUGUAACUUUGAUGAGUGUCCAAAGGUACCUGGUAGUUAUUCAUCGGAACCAGUGGGCCAAGCUGGGCAGGAAACAAGAAAAAAUUCUGCUAUUCUGUCUGUGGAUAUUUGCAUGUAUUCUCUCCAGCCCUUCAGCUGCCCGAGCACAAAUAGUAGGACAGGGCAACUACUGCAUGCGAAUCUCGGGGCUAGAUCAGGAGACUCUUGCCAUUCUCUUGUGUGAGACUCUGCUGGGGUUUGUUCUUCCAUUCUCCAUCAUAGUGAGCUCUUACUACUGCCUCCAUAAGGAGGUCAACCGGACAGCCUUCUUCAGCAACCAAAGACUGACCAAACUGGUGACUACCAUUGUGGUGACUUUUGUAAUCCUCCGGUUGCCCGUUCACGUGAUUAAUAUUGUGAAGAUACUCGCCAUUUCCCUGAAAUCAGCUAACCCAUCAGCCUCUGCAAAGCUUCUUUAUUUGUGGGACUGUAGCAAUGAUUUUGUACAUAGCUUUACACUUCUCAACAGUUGUGUGAACCCAUUUCUUUAUGCUUGCACAUUCAGACAACUGUUUCAAAAUUCUGGAAAACAAGAGAGAUCAGGGGUCUGUACUCAGAGCUCUGAACCCAGAACACCCACACAAAUGCAUGCCUGUUUACAUAUUUAGUUUGUUGUUGUUGUUGUUGUUGUUGUUUGCUAUCAAACAAGGUUUUAUGUAGAAAUCUCUGUUUCAGCUUGUCCAUUGCUGGACUGAGCCGUUGCACUGGUUAAGAACCAAAGAUCACCUAAGGCUACAUGUAUGUUCAGACUAGGCAUAUUUUUAAUUUGAAAAAACGCUGGCAGCCAAAAACAGUUGAUGGAAUCUUUUGCUGUCAUAGGAUUAUGCGCUAAUCAAGAGGUAAUAUAAGCCAACAUGCUAGUUUUUUAGCAACUUCAAUAAACACACACACUGACCAGAAAGUUUCUGACACACCCAGUUUCACUUCACAAAUGAAAAUGGUGAUACAGUUUAACCCUCACGUCAUAUAGCUUAUUGUCCUUAAAGUCGAUAGUAAUAACUUUCUACACCGCUACCAUCUCCAUUUCUGCUGGUUGUUAUUGUUGGGAUAUGGACGUCUCAUUACUCAGAUUGUAAAUUGUCAGCUGUCAAAACAGCUCUUGAUGUAGGGUGUUUUAAAAAGUGCAGAGGACUAUGCAAAAAUAAUAAUAUCCAUGUUUUGGCAACAUCAGAUUAAUGAAUAACUUUUCUUUUAUUCUUAUAGAUGUCUCAUUAGUGGUGCUGGCUUGGAUGUACAAUUUGUGCUCUGGAUUUUCUUUAAUUUUUGUAAUCCAGUAACAUCAUCACUGUGUAUUACUUCUUGUAAAUAUUAUUGAAAGCUAAAGUAUGGGAUAAAUAGAAACUUGCUUUAGAUUGGGGGCUGCAAAACAACUUACAAACUGAUAAUAAACAUGAAUUAUGUAA